AUCAAAACAUAACUAGCGACAGACCCACUAGAGUAGUAUGGAUUCUCAGAAAUGUUCAUUGGCUAUCUUUCUGUUACUUUCUGCUUUACUAGCAUCCCUUACUUUUGGCCUUUCAAGUGAGUAUUCCAUAGUGGGAAAUGACUUUGAUAACUUUGUUUCGGAGGGACGAGUAAUCGAGCUGUUUCAGCAAUGGAAAGAGAUGCACAGGAAGGUGUACAAGUAUACAGAGGAGGCCGAGAAAAGGUUCCAAGCAUUUAAAAGGAAUUUGCGGUAUGUAGUUGAGAAGAACUCAAAGGUUCUGAGAGGAGGACAUGUCGUGGGGUUGAACAAGUUUGCUGAUUUAAGCAAUGAGGAGUUCCGGGAGGUCUAUUUGGCAAAGGUGAAGAAACCAAUCAACAGAAUGAGUGUUCAACGAAAGGUGCAUUCAUGUGAGGCUCCUUCGAGCUUGGAUUGGAGAAAGAGAGGAGUCGUCACCGCUGUCAAGGAUCAAGGCUCAUGUGGAAGUUGUUGGGCAUUCUCCUCUACCGGAGCCAUGGAAGGGAUAAAUGCUAUAGUCACCAGAGACCUUAUUAGUCUUUCAGAACAAGAACUUGUCGAUUGCGAUACUACAAAUGAUGGAUGCGAGGGAGGCUAUAUGGACUAUGCAUUCGAAUGGGUUAUAAAUAAUGGUGGGAUUGACACUGAGUCAGGCUAUCCUUACACUGGUGUCGAUGGUUCCUGCAACACUACAGAGGAGGAAACCAAAGUGGUAUCCAUUGAUGGGUAUGAAGAUGUAGGAGAAUCUGACAGUGCACUUCUGUGUGCCACCGUUCAGCAACCCAUUAGUGUGGGUAUGGAUGGCUCUGCGAUUGAUUUCCAACUCUAUACAGGCGGGAUUUACGAUGGUGACUGCUCAGACAACCCAGAUGACAUCGAUCAUGCAGUUUUGAUUGUCGGGUAUGGAUCUGAAAAUGGGGAAGAUUAUUGGAUUAUAAAGAACUCAUGGGGUACAAGCUGGGGAAUGGAUGGCUAUUUCUACCUGAAACGAAACACUGAUUUGCCUUAUGGUGUUUGUGCAAUCAAUGCCAUGGCUUCUUAUCCAACCAAAGAAUAUUCUGCUCCAUCUCCUACAUCUCCAACAGGUCCUCCCCCUCCUCCUCCAACGCCAUCACCAUCACCACCGCCACCACCUCCUUCUCCUUCACCCAGUGAAUGUGGAGACUUCUCCUAUUGCCCGGCAGAUGAGACAUGCUGUUGCAUUCUUGAGUUAUUUGAUUACUGCUUUGCCUAUGGCUGCUGUGAUUACGUGAAUGCCGUUUGCUGUACCGGAACAGACUACUGCUGCCCAAGUGAUUAUCCCAUUUGUGAUAUCGAAGAAGGGCUCUGUCUCCAGAACACUGGAGAUUAUGUUGGUGUAGCAACAAAGAAGCGAAAGAUGGCUAAGCACAAGUUUCCAUGGACAAAAAUGGAGGAGGCACAGAAGAGCUACCAAGCAGUACUCCAGUGGAAGAGAAACCCGUUGGCAUUAGCGGCAUUACGCUGAAACAAAACAAAAGAAACAAGAUUAUGAUUGUUUUGGACAUUGUUAUAUGAUUUCUGCCAUGUUUUGUUUUGAUUUAAUGUUUCAAGUCUUGCAAACUAUAUAUGUUCAUGCUGUGUGUAGAACACAGACAGAAUAUAAUUAGGAGGGGAAUGAUGCUUGCAGAGUUGCAGGUUGCAUACCAUGUUGUCCUGGGUGCAGCAGUUAUUAUUUUUCCUUAAGUAAAUAAAACAUGGUAUUUUAUAAUGAGGAACCUAUUGGUAGA